AUGCCCAGGGCGUUUUUGAUUAAUUAUACGGCCCGUGGACCAAGAAACCCUUGAGACAGUGCGUAGUUUAUAACAACACACUUUGUCUUGAGAUAAAAAACUAUAGCGUUGACGACGCACGAACAACCUCCCUGCCUUGAACUCAGAAUUGUCUCUUUGUGUGCGGAAGUGUUUGUGUUUGUGCAGAAAAUGUAAGUAAGAAAUUGAGUAUUAUGCCACGUCAUACAUAUAAUAACAAGAUGUGUCUUUUGAUCAUUUGUAAUGCAUGGCUAACUUCUUUGAAAUGCUGAAGGGCAAACGACAUACCAACACAUUUAUAAAAUUGUUUCCUUGUAACAAGAGCUCGUUUUCUUUAAAACAUGUCGUAUUUCUCCAUAAACGUUUUAUUGGUAACGUUGGUGAUAUUUCAGUUAGCUGACGUAAUCACUCCGUCAUUUCUUCAAAGAAGUUUAGGUGAGAGAUUCAAAAGACAAAGAUCGAAUGAAAAGUCGGGCUCGAUAUGUCAACAAUACCCCAGCCUUUGCCAAACAAUAUUAUCAGAAAUUAAUAGACAUUUGAAUCAACAAGACAGUGGCGAUAAAACGGAUACGAUUGAUGAUAGCGAUUCUAGUGAAGAAGAAGAAGAUACAACUUUAACAGAAAAUAAAAAGAUAUCUGAAUUACCAAAUGAAAAUAAUCCCAAUAUUACAAAAAAUACAUCCGGAAAUUUAGUUGACGAUACAAAACUUUUUACAGCUAAUGUUACACCACCUUUGGUAAAGUCUGAUGAUUUGGACAAACAAGAUAUAUUUGGAGCGCCUCAAGAAAACAGCAACGGUGGUGCAAAUAACAAAAAGAAUCAAUCGAAAGAUGCUAAAGAUAAGCAAGCAACAUCACAUAGUAAAAACAAUGGGAGGACUGGGAAAGGACAUACUGUCACAUUGUCGGAGAAUAAGGUAAACCCUGACUCAGCAAAAAAGAGAGUUUAUUUGCAACCAUUAGAAGAUGUAGAAGAACCAGCUGAAAAGAAAAUGUCUGAGCACAUCAAAUACUGACCACAAUACCAAGAGACGUGUACUGCAAUUUUUUUUUCUUAAGAACUCUGUAAACUGUAAAUCUAUAUUGACAACCAAUCUCGACACCAGGGUAUCUUGUAUCUUUUUGACACAUCGCCGUCCUGAAUGUCAGAAAGAUACCAAAUGUCCCUUGGGGCGAGGUUCAUUGACAACAUUAAGUUAUGUGUACAGGGCGACAGUGUUAUGUGCUUGAAUUAUUCUGUUCUUCGUUUGGGUAGAGCUCGUUGUGUUGUGGGAAUACUUUCUCCUUGUUAACUUAUUUAAGGGGGCGACAAAAAGAAUAUGUAGCGCGCAUGAAAAAUAAAAGUCUACGACUCCUGUUUUGUUAUCAUUGUGUCGGUCGACUGUACACUUCACUGGAAUUGUUUUUACUUUUUACAACAUAGGAGCUUAUUUAUUCUUUCCAUCCUUCCUAAAUUUAAAUUAAAAAAACAGGAAAUUACCAGUGUUUUU